AUGUACACGAAAUCUUGUUGGCAGCCAGCCUCAGCCUAUAAGAGCAUUCAUUGUCGAAUAUCACAUACUCCUCCAACCUUCUCACAGCCACAAGCAGUUCUAUUGAGGUUUGACUCCAUAUGCCUUCGUUAUUCCCCGUAUACGACUCUGCCACCCCCCACCCCACCCCCAACCGUACGAGGCGCAGGAAGGGACGAAGAUGAUGGAUUCACAGAAGUGCUCUGCUCGCAGCAGUCAACAUCAGACGACACCGCCUCCAAUUUACCUGGCUCUGGUGGGAUGCUUGGACUUCUCUACUCACGCUGGGGACGGGCUCUUGAAGCUGCUAUUAGACAGGUCGCACAUAGAGGUGGACUUGGUCCCAAGGCAGUGGCUUCUCGAAUCAAGCAUGUCGAGUUUAAAGGAGUAAGGAGUCCCGGGAACAGCGAGCCAGGUACGGAGGGUCAUGUUCGGCAAGUAUUACGUUGGACUGUGAAGGACGAGAGUGAAGCAAAGCUUCGUUCAGGCUGUCGGAAACUCGCGAAACACGCCACUGCAGAGGUAUGGGACACGAGAUCUGAAGCAGUAUCUCAGAUCAUUCAGGUGGUCACAACCGAUCCACGUUUACGCGCCUUCUUCAAAACACCACCAGUCCUUCUGGAUCUGAGAGUUGUUAAACAAGCAUUAUACAUCUCUGGUCACGGAUCGGCGCCGAAGGAGUAUGAGCUCAUAAAGCACAAACGGACUGUGUACUGCGCAACACAAGUACUGCUUGCAACCGAGGACAACCCUCUAAACGGCGUAAUCGAAGAUUUGCUGCAAAAUACUGUUCACAUUUGA